UAAACAAAAAGAAAAUUUUUCAUAGCCAUCUAAAUACACAUAUGCGUAUAUAUAACGGUCUUCUUAUCUCCUUUGUAUUUUGAUUUCUUGAUUUAUUUCCUUGCGGUUUUGUAGGUGGCGUUACACGCAAUGUUAAUAUAUUUACGCGGGCCUGUCAUUAUUGUGAGUUUGUUUAGCUUGAUAUACCGGUCAACGAAGCUCAAUUGUGAUCAUCUUUUACUCGAUGAAAUAAUAUAUCUAUCCUUAGUUUUUGAUAUGUCAUUUUAUCAUGUUAAAAGAAAAUCGUUGCAGUUAAUAUAAAGUGUAAGAAAAUUUGAUUUUUCAACAUUUCAAGUUGGAAAAUUUUGUGUAAAAACUUUUGUAAAUAAAAUUUGAUCAAAAAAAGAUUAUUAUUGAUACGAAGAUGUCCGGAUGUAAACGAAUGUCUGUAUUAUCAUGCAUCGCCGAAUUAGACGAAUGUUCAUCGGACAAAUGUCAAGACCAAGCAGCACUUCUCACGUCACCGAUUUCCAGCAUUGUUUGCGACUUGAUAAACUCGACGCUGUCACCGCGCAGUUAUUCAAAUCGCAAGAACGAUGUAACCGAUAAGAAUGUAGAUUUGGCAGAUUUGGAUCACCGUAGACAAUCCAGUUAUGGAACCAGCAAAGGUCUUUUCAAGAAUGCAUUUAACAUUGAAAACAUUUCCAAUGACACGGUGAAGUCUAAGCCAAAAAUCCGACGACAAAUACUUAGUAUGGCGGCGCGACGUUAUUCCAGUCCAGAGUCAGUCUCGCCAUCUAUCGAUAAAGAAAAUAAUAGCGCCGUUUGCGGUCUGCAUUAUACCAGUCCGCUAAAGAUCGUCAACGCAAGGAGACUUCGUCAGCCGUUGGAAGAUUGUGAUCCGAACAGCCAGGAUAGCGGAUAUGAAGCGUGCUAUAUCGAUAAAGAUGAGAAAUCGAAAUGUAAAAUUCGAUUCGCGGAGCCGCUUGUCAUUGAUUCCCCGUGUGAACAGUCUAUCGGAUCUCGGACGCCGGCGACUUCGCCAAUACGGCUGUCACCGGUACGAUUGUCACCAGACAUAGAGGAAGUCAUUCGAAGUAUUUCAUCCGGUUACGAGAGCAUGGACGACGGGUUCAACGAUCUAGAUGAAAAUUUAGACGAAGCAGCACAGAUACCGAAUGGCAUAUCUACUUUGAUCCGCGGCAACUUCGUCGACGAGAUCAUAGUUUCAAACUCAUCGAUAAGUGAUCAGACGACGGCUGAAUUUUCACGCACCACGAACAACGAAGCAAGUGGCUUUAGACGCUCGUUGAUAUUACAAUAUACAGCGCAGAAAAAUCAGAAAAAUUUGUCGCUUCCGAAAGUACGUUCCUGCUUGUUCCAUUCUUCGAAUGCGAACUCGUCAACCAGUAAUCCAGGAUUCGAUGGUGUUAGCCCGCUAUCGCCGAGGAUAUGUCAGAUUCGACGUCGACAAACUGCUGCCAGUUUCGCCAACAGAAACGUUGCCGCGAAUACUUUCAACUCGCCGAUUUCUCGUGCCUUGAAACGACAAGACUCGCCGAUGAUCGAAACUCCGAAACUAGUCAAGAGAUUACGUAGAUGCACCAGUUUUCUCGACAUUGUUAAAAGCUAUGAAACGUUUGAGCCAAAGUCGUUGCAGAAGAGUUUUUCUGCAUCAGAAAUGACAAUGGGGACGUUGUCGACGAAGAUGGAAACAGAUACAGUAACUGAAGUGGAAAUGAAAAUGGAGACAGAGUCAGAAACAGGAAUGGAAGUAUCAUCGGAAUCGGAAAUACACGCGUAUAUCAAAUCGGCUAUUCAUCGCAGUACUACAGACGCCGAUCUCACGGGAGACUUUAGUAAGCCAUGUAUCCUACCAUUGGCUGCCGGACAUCACGAGGAUUUGAAAUCAAUCUCGGUCGACACCUUGGCCUCUUUAAUACGUGGGGAAUUCAAUGAUAAAAUCAAUUCGUUCAAAAUCGUGGAUUGCCGUUAUCCGUACGAAUUCGAUGCUGGUCACAUUCAGAAUGCUCUAAAUCUUUACAGCAAGGAUCUAAUCGAACAGAUUCUAUUAAAUCCAUUAACAAAUACACCUGAAAUUCAACCAGAUACGAAUAAGAGAAAUAUCCUAGUAUUUCAUUGUGAAUUUUCGUGGGAACGAGGCCCAAAUCUCUCACGAUUCUUGAGAAGUUUAGAUCGAGAACGUAACAAAGAACGUUAUCCCGCACUCUAUUAUCCGGAAGUUUAUCUCUUGCACGGUGGAUACGAGCAAUUCUACAAGAAGCAGAAGGAGUUAUGUUCGCCACAAGGUUACCGACCGAUGAGUCAUCCUGAUCAUCAGGCUGAUCUCAAAAUAUUUCGAAGCAAAAGUAAAAGUUGGCAAAAUGAAAAAUCAAAGCUCAAUGCUUGUGCAACGCGAAUUAAUUUAGAUCGUGUAGGUUUUUAAAUAUAUGAAUCUUUUUUUUUUCACUCUCUUCAUUCUAUUUUUUUUUCUUUUUUUUUUUAUAGCAAUCAAUUCACUCGAGAUAGAGAAAUUGUUGAUCAAGAAAUCGUAUAAAAGUGCAAAUGUUAGAUAAUGACAAAGUGAGAUAAGAAAAAGAAUGUUUUUGUGCUCAUUGCUCUAAUGUAACUUAUACUUUAAUUGUUUCUGUAUAUUUUGUAAAUAUUAAUAAUUUGUUCAGAUUUGCGCGAAUUUUUAUGUGAAAACAUUUAAGAAUGACAUUUGAGUUGUUUAAUUAAUUUUAAUAAUUAAAAUGUACUCUGUGUACACGCUGAAUUUUCGCGAAACAUCUCAAAAUAACGACGAUUGUUGAUUUUACAAUCAUUAUAAGUUGAUUGAAAUCGAAAAAUCGUUCGAGAUAUUAAUGUCGCACUUUAACGUGUGCACCGAUGUAUAGAGAUUAAUUAGAGAAGAAUGUCAAGCAAUUGUUUAUAAAUGUGCGAUUUUGUACGAAUGUUUGCUGUAUAUGGAUACAUGUUGUGUAAUAGAUACGAAUAUGUUGUACGAUGUACGCAUGAUGUGUAUACAUGUAUAUAAAAAAAUUAUAUAAAUAUUAAAAAAAAAUCAUAUAUAUAAAUAUUACAUGA